AUGAGGGAAAGGCCUGCAGCUUCCGCUGCGGGAGGGGCAGACAAGAGCGUCACCUUUAUGCCUGGAGUGGAUAAGGCCGCAAUGGAGAAAGAAUUCGAUAUCCGGUUAAAGCAAUUGGCCAUGGACAAGCGCGCACAGCCGGCCGCACCCACCAAGACGGAGGAAGAAGUAGCAGAGGAGAGGAUAGAAAAGUUGAAGGAGCUCGAAGAAAAACGCCAACGCCGAAUGCGAGGAGAGGCGGAGAGUGAGUCAGAGGAAGAAGUGGAGAGUGAGAACGAAGAUCAGGAUGAGGAUGAGCGCGCAGUCAUCGAGGGUGGCGCGAUCCAGAUGAUACCCCUGGACAAAGACGAGGACUUUGGCCUUGGCACAGGUAUCAAGGCUCGGCCAACGGCGACAGAGCUGGGACUGGACGACGAAGAUGAUUUCUUCAUCGAGGAUGAUCUCGUAGCGAGCGGCUCCGAGCUCGAGCUCGAGCUCGACGAAGAGUCCUCCUCCGAGGAUGACCUGGAAGCAAACGACGAUGGUGACGAGGAUGACUUCACCAAAGGACUCUUAACUGCCGCGGAGGAAGCCAACCCGGAAUUUGAGGAUCUCUCAGCACUUCAACCCAAGGCCCGCGAGGGUGGCGAUGACGACGGUAUCCCUUACACUUUCCCCUGCCCGCAAACACGCGAGGAGCUUCUCCAACACGACGGGUUUUGCCACCCUAGAAAGCGUGACACGGCAUCUUCACUCCUCUCCAAGAGCUUCGCUGUCGAUAUCGCCCAGCAGCUCCGAAUGCAUCUCCAGUCAAUGGCGGACUCGCGAGCUACGGCCCUCCGAAGCGGCGAUCUCGUCGUGUUGUCUGCAAUUGGCUCCAUUUUUCCGACCUCGGAUCACUUCCACCAGGUCGUCACCCCCGCCAUGCUUGUUAUGGCUAGGUACCUCGGACAGAGCAAGCCGCAAACCCUCGCCGACUACGCGACAGGGAUCUAUCUCGCUACACUCACUAUCCAGUAUCAGCAACUCUCUAAGCGCGCUGCGGUGAGAAAGCUAGCGUUCAGCGAUUGCACGGCCCGAAAGCUAUCCCCGGCUGAUGAGGAGGUCCUGAAGGCCUCCCUCAUGCAGACGACCAUCCAGCUGCUCGAGGUAUCGGCAGAUACAUGGUCUACGAAAUCCGCCAGCCUCGAAACUCUCCAGCCGAUCGCCAAGGUCCUGAAGUACCUGUGUAGCAAGAGCAACCGACCCAAACUCCCAUCCGCCCUCAGCGACAAGAUCGCAAAGGCCUUUACCAAGACCGAGCGAGCAAUGCGAGUCGCGGAACUUUCCCGACGGACUGUGGAGUUGCAUCAUCACAAGCCGCUCGCGAUCAAAUCGUACGUGCCCAAAUUCGAGAACGAAUUCGACCCGAACAAGCACUACGAUCCGGAUCGCGAGCGAGCGGAGCUGGCUCAGCUCAAGGCAGAGCACAAGAGAGAACGCAAGGGCGCGAUGCGGGAGCUGCGCAAGGACGCACAUUUCAUGGCGCGGGAGAAGCUCAAGAUCAAGAAGGCCAAGGACGAGGCGUACGAGAAGAAGUUCAAGAAGCUCGUUGCGGAGAUCCAGGGCGAGGAGGGCCAGAAGUCGAACGAGUACGACAAGGAAAAGAGGGCAAGGAAGCGUGCGAGGAUGCGAGGGUAG